AAACUUGAAGGGUCUAAGUGCAAAGGGCAGCUUUUGAUAUUUGGGGCAACCAACUGGGACUUGAUUGGUCGAAAAGAAGUGCCUAAACAACAAGCUGCUUACCGCAAUCUCGGUCAGAACUUGUGGGGGCCCCACAGAUAUGGGUGCCUCUCUGGGGUCCGGGUGCGGACGGUGGUUUCGGGUUCGUGUGCGGCCCACAGCCUCCUCAUCACCACGGAAGGCAAGCUGUGGAGCUGGGGUCGGAAUGAGAAGGGGCAGCUGGGACAUGGCGAUACCAAGAGAGUUGAAGCCCCCAAACUCAUCGAGGGUCUCAGCCACGAGGCGAUCGUAUCUGCAGCCUGUGGGCGGAACCACACCCUGGCCUUGACGGAAACGGGCUCUGUGUUUGCCUUUGGAGAGAACAAGAUGGGGCAGCUGGGCCUUGGCAACCAGACAGACGCGGUCCCCAGCCCUGCACAGAUAAUGUACAACGGCCAGCCAAUUACCAAAAUGGCCUGCGGGGCUGAAUUCAGUAUGAUAAUGGACUGCAAAGGAAACCUCUAUUCCUUUGGGUGCCCUGAAUACGGCCAGCUGGGACAUAACUCGGAUGGGAAGUUCAUCGCCCGGGCGCAGCGGAUAGAGUAUGACUGUGAGCUGGUGCCCCGGCGAGUGGCCAUCUUCAUUGAGAAGACGAAAGACGGGCAGAUUUUGCCGGUACCCAACGUGGUGGUGCGAGACGUGGCCUGUGGCGCUAACCACACGCUGGUGCUGGACUCCCAGAAGCGAGUCUUCUCCUGGGGCUUCGGUGGCUAUGGCCGACUAGGCCACGCAGAACAGAAGGACGAGAUGGUCCCCCGUCUGGUGAAGCUCUUUGACUUCCCUGGGCGUGGGGCCUCCCAGAUCUAUGCCGGUUACACCUGCUCCUUUGCCGUCAGUGAAGUGGGUGGUCUGUUCUUCUGGGGGGCCACCAACACCUCCCGUGAAUCUACCAUGUACCCCAAGGCAGUGCAGGACCUGUGUGGCUGGAGGAUCCGGAGCCUGGCCUGUGGGAAGAGCAGCAUCAUUGUGGCCGCGGACGAGAGCACAAUCAGCUGGGGCCCGUCACCGACCUUCGGGGAGCUGGGCUACGGGGACCAUAAGCCCAAGUCCUCCACUGCAGCCCAGGAGGUGAAGACUCUGGACGGCAUCUUCUCAGAGCAGGUCGCCAUGGGCUACUCGCACUCCUUGGUGAUAGCGAGAGAUGAAAGCGAGACUGAGAAAGAGAAGAUCAAGAAACUGCCAGAGUACAACCCCCGGACCCUCUGAUGGCCCCGGACACCCUCCACUCCACACCUCGCGCGGCAGCUGUCAUUUCCACAUGCACUGGGACGGGAAGUCAAAUGAGGAAUUGAAAAAAGCAAAAAGUUGACCGAAGGUGCAUUUUGUUCGACUCCCAGAGGUUCCGUUUUAUAAGUGAUUCAACGUUAACUACCUUUUUCUGUAUACUUUCCAAAGUUUUUUUUUUUCUUUUAAUGAUUAAAAUAUUUGCUCAUAGUUGAUUUACCAUUCCUACAAAAGAAGCAAAAACUUUGAGCAAUCUAGGUAUUUUUUAAGUUGUUUUUCUUUUUCCCUCUUCUGAGUACACUUCCCAAAACAUCCCUUUGCGAUUGUAAUCAGCAUUGUGACCCAAGUGGGUGCUCUUCGGAGAGGAGUCACCAAUUACUCAGAAAUGCUGUCCCUUAGAGGAACCGCAAGCAUCUGGGCGAAGACGUCCCUGGUGGCUGUUUUCCGUCACAAUCACGCUCGCGAGCUUUGGAAGCCCCCGGGCGCUGCUUCCCGCGUUUCUCAAAGGCGUCCGAGGCCAGCUUUGGUUCUGUUCUCCGCUUGGCUGCUUGUAAGCCCCCCAGCCUUCGGGCUGUGACAUUAAUAGAAGCUCCUGUUUCCCCCCUGGUGGGGGACUUGGGGUCUGUGUUUUAGCCAUUUAUAUCUACUUUAGCUGUAAAAGAAGUAAGUCCAAAUGAAAAUCAGGUGAUCGUGGACCCAUGGGGACUCGGGGGUGGGCAGAGUGGGGACGUUUGUAUCUGUCGAAAGACCCAGCUUUAUGGCUCCCUGAGGAGUCAGGGUCCUGUUGUCAGUCCUCGCCAGUUAGGUUGUCCGGCCAGCAGCGACACGUGCACUCCGUAGGGAGAAGGCUUGGCCCUGGUGUGCAGCCUUCGCCGCCCUCGCGCUCGGUCUGUCUCUCCCCGCCGGAUCCUGCCGAGGGCGGCUGGUCCUGUUUCUGGGACUCGGCGGUUUCCCAGCUCUCUAGUUGCAUUUGCUCGGCUCUGGUACCAAAUAGUUGGGAUUCCUAAAGCAGCCCCCUUCCCCGUGUCAGCGCAGACACUGUGACUGCCACCCGCUUGCUGUCAAGUGCCCUCCGCCCACGCUUGUCACCAGUGUCGCACUGUGUGAGUUCCGAGGUGCCUUUCCCGGAACCCUCCUCUCACCUGGGCCCAAGAGAGGCCCCAGCCCUGGCUGGGCUCUUGGUUUCCAGAGGGUCUGGACUGGUUUGGGUGCUUUAAAUAGGUUUUUAGUUCCGUGGUGCUUAUGGGGGAGGGGAAUAGAACUUAAGUGUGAGACUUUUGUGGAUGGGAAAGUUAUUUUUUUUUUUUUUUUUUUUUUUUUUUGCUUUUGCUGUUGUUAUCAUUUGUCAUUGUCUCGAUGUUAAAAUGCCAAAAAUGAUCUAGUCGUGUUGCUUUUUUCUUCAUCUUCCUGCCCAGUCACUGCCUACAGUGACUUCUGCCCUCGCAGGGCAUGUAACUGUGUCUGUCCCAGCGAGUCCCAGGCCUUGUGGGAGACUGACCUGCGUCUUCCUGAGGCUCAGUCUGAUUUCAUGCUGGUCCCUGCUGUCCUGUGUCCAAUCAGUAGUCCAGGGAAGAAGCUUCUGCUAAACUACCCUGAUUUGUCCAAAUCGCUCAAACCACCACCUCUGGCUCCAGCUUCCGUGUGUCGAACCUAAUCAGCUUCCUUGGACAGGUCUCUUUCCUGCACUGUGGCUCAGACAUCUGUGCUCCUUGAACCCUGGAGGUCUCCCUGGAGUUCUGUGCUCAACCAGAGUGUUGAGAAAACAGUGUCCUGGGUCCUGAGCUUUUGCAGGGGCUGCCUUGGCUGAGGUGGGCUUAAAUCUUCUGGUGGACUAACUCCAUGCUGGCAGUAAGCUACUCGUGACCCCUGCCUGGGACUGGAGUAGGAAAGGACCUUGGAGUCAGGCUGCUGGCGCCAUGUCCUCCCCGCAGCCACUCCCUAUGGUGGAGAAUCUUCAAUGAACUUCCCUAGGACAAGGAUUGGUGGGGAGGGAUUCUGCACUUACAGAAAGGGCACAGCGGCCCUGGCUGGGAAUGGCUCCUGCCAGCCCUGCAGGUAUCUGACAGUCUCCCAGUCCAGCAAGGGGGUUUAAACCCAGAGGCUUAGAGUGAAAGGGAAUCAAAGAGGUUGUGAUUUGGUCGAAGGUGCCUGGUUUAGUGCUGUAAUUGUCUUAUUUUUUUUUAUAUAUAUAUUUCUUGGAGUAAACAUUUUAAAUAAACGACAUCAUUGUUUA